GGCACGAAGUGCUGCGCUGAAGGGCUUGGCAUGGAAACAGAACCUUUCAGAGAAAUGAAAGCUACUUAAACCCCUCCCCAUAGCUCCCUACCCAUCACAUCUUUCGAAAGAUGCUGAUAAAAACAGAGAAAGAAAGAAAAAAAGAAAGAAAGAAGAAAGAAAGAAAGGAAAAGAAAAGAAAAGAAAAUUCCCGACAACAACAAACCCAGAUUGUAGAGGGAGGGAAAUUUCACGGUGACUUGGGUGACUUGACAAGAGAGAGACUAACUGGAAAUUCUCUGCCUUUUGAAGAGAGAAGCCAGCACCCAUUCUCAUGAUGGUGCCACAAAGCUGAGGACCUGCUGACCCAAGUUCCUUCUUUCCUUGCUAUUGGCUCACGCUGUUCAUAAAACAGAGUCGGCCGUUUCACUUUUGUUUCAUAUGAGCAAGCUGUGUUUACAUGUGGGAGACAGCCAGGAGGAGUAGGGCAGAGCCAAACGCCAGAGCCAGAGCAGCUGAAAGGCAGAACCCACAGCCAAUGUGCUGGGACAUCAGGGAAACACUCCAUUAUCAUGCCCUCACACCCAGGCUGGCUGCCUCUCCUCUGACGCGUUAUCACGGCACUCCACAUUUCCUUCUGGCUCUUCUCAUUUCACAGCUCUGUUGGUUAACGCGUCUGACUCAUUGGCCACUCCGGAGGCAUCUGCAGGAUGAAGGAGACGGCCUGUUAGAAGCCACUUGUAGCAGCCCAAAAAGAAUUUGAGCUCCAAAAGACAUCUAAUGGCCUUUUGAUUCUGGUUUUGGGGCCUGAAUUUGGGAAAGGAAGAAUCAAGACUGAUAGAGACAAGAUGCUGUCAGAGAAUAUUGGUGAGCAAAGUUUACACAACAUCACUUGGUGUAUGUGAGGAUGUGCUAGUAUGAGCUGCAAUCAGAUCUCGGAAGCCGAGAGAAAACUUAUGUCCUAGCCUCUGUCCAACUCCAUUUCGAAAUGGAAGCAACUGGGACCUUCAGCAAUAAUAGUCACAGAAACUGCACAAUAGAAAACUUCAAGAAGGAGUUUUACCCCAUCAUCUACCUGAUAAUAUUUGUCUGGGGAGCCUUGGGAAAUGGCUUUUCCAUAUAUGUCUUUCUACAGACUUAUAAGAAGUCCACAUCUGUGAAUGUUUUCAUGCUCAACCUGGCCAUUUCAGAUUUCCUGUUCAUAAGUACCCUGCCCUUCAGGGCUGACUAUUAUUUCAGAGGCUCCAACUGGAUAUUUGGGGACCUGGCCUGCAGAAUAAUGUCUUAUUCCUUAUAUGUCAACAUGUACACUAGCAUUUAUUUCCUAACUGUGCUGAGUGUUGUGCGUUUCCUGGCCACUGUUCACCCCUUCCAGCUGCUACAUGUCACCAGCGUCAGGAGUGCCUGGAUCCUCUGUGGAAUCAUAUGGAUCUUUAUCAUGGCUUCCUCAGUGAUGCUUCUGAAGAAUGGCUACGAGAAGAAGAACAACAUUAUAUCAUGCUUGGAGCUGAAUCCCCAAAAGUUUAAUAAGCUCCUGAUCAUGAACCACAUUGCAUUAGUGGCAGGCUUUCUGCUUCCGUUUUUCACACUCACCAUCUGCUACCUGCUGAUCAUCCGGGUCCUGUUAAAGGUGGAGAUUCCAGAAUCAGGUCUGCGAGCUUCUCAUAAGAAGGCACUGAUCACCAUCAUCAUUGCCAUGAUCAUCUUCCUCCUCUGUUUCCUGCCUUACCACGCACUGAGGACCCUCCACUUGGUCACAUGGAAUGAAUAUUCAUGUGGAGAUGAGUUACAUAAGGCCAUGGUCAUCACACUGGCCUUGGCUGCAGCUAAUAGCUGCUUCAAUCCUUUUCUCUAUUAUUUUGCUGGGGAAAAUUUUAAAGAUCGAUUAAGGGAUAUAUUCAGCAAAGAUCAUCUACAGAAAGCAAAGGCAAAGUGCAGCCUUCCAUUUCGUGUAUAGCUAAAGAAGAGAAGUAAGCGUGUGUGGGGGGUUCUGUUAGACAGGUGUGCUCUUGAAUCUUCGUGUCCACCUUCAUCCACUCACGGUCUCCAAAUUACUUUGUGUUUGCAACGUAACCAACAAAUGUUGGUCCCCAACAUUUAAUUGACCACAACGUUUGCUAAUAAAGCCUAUUUCAGAAAUUUCAUUAAA